ACACAGUGAUGGCACUCACAUCUGAACCAUCACACUGUCAUCAUUCUUCAUCUCCUUAGCUUAAUAGAAUAUUUUAGAUUUGGGAACUCUAUGCUCACAAUACCAACUGCAUAUAUCUGUGUAUCUUUUGCUCCAAUCUUUCCUCGUAAGGCUAUAAGUUCUUAGCAACAGUCUCCACAUAUCCCCAAGCUUUUGUGCCUUUCUGAACGUGACCAUGGAUCCUGUGUCAGACCAUCACCAUGAAGCAUGGUCUUGGGAGCCACCCGUGAAUCUCCACCAGCACUACCGCCACCAUCCCUACCGAGGAGAGCAGAUCGAACCCCGUCGUCAGCGGGAGCACAUGUUCGAGAAGUCUCUUACCCCAAGCGACGUGGGAAAGCUCAACAGGCUGGUGAUCCCGAAGCAGCAGGCCGAGAAGUACUUCCCACUCGCCGGCGACUCGGGCGAGAAGGACCUGCUGCUGAACUUCGAGGACGAGGCCGGCAAGCCGUGGAUGUUCCGCUACUCCUACUGGAGCAGCAGCCAGAGCUACGUGCUCACCAAAGGCUGGAGCCGCUUCGUCAAGGAGAAGAAGCUCGACGCUGGCGACGUCGUUCUCUUCGAGCGCCUCCGAGCGGGCGGCGACCGCCUCUACAUCGGGUGCAGGCGCCAAGGUCGGGAGGAGAGCCCUCCGGCGCCCGGCGCGCCGCCUGCGCGCCCCAGUCGCAACCACUCAUGUCUCGGCGAUCGCGAGGAAGAAGCAGCGAAGAACACGGCGGAAGCACCGGCUAACUCGAAGCGGCUGAGAUUGUUCGGCGUGAACUUGAACUGAGGUCCAGACUCCGCACACUGCUCCAUCGCCGCCAUGCCAUUGCCUCCAGCUCUCAGCAACGUCAGCGGUCGAUCAAGCUUGUACAUUAUGGUGAACAAGAAAGCUAGAGCUCAUAUUUCGAGCAGAUGGAAUUAAUUGCACGCUGCUGCUGUCUCAUCUGUUCAAGAUGUUGUUUUUGCUCUUUUUUUCUUCAAGCAUCCGCUCUUUCUUAAAUCCAAGAAAAAAAAAGGGAGCCGAGCGAGAGAGAGAGAGAGAGAGAGAGAGA